CACACACUUGAAAUUGGGAAUUCUAUUUCUUUCUCGAAUCAGUAGCAACAAUCUGUGUGUGUAUACUUUUGGAACCACACCUUCGGUUUUUAAUUUAUCUGGGUGGUGGUAAACAGAAGUUUUUCGGUGGUCAGAGGGUCCGCGCAGAGACCAACGCGCAUAUUAUUCAUUCGCGCGAACGCAUUCGACUGGGUUCAUCCGUUCGCGAACCAUCGAGACUACUUCAGUCUGUGUACAGUCUGCAGUCUUCGAUCAUCCUCCUUUGAAAAUUUAUCCUUCUAUUUCGAGUACUUAUUUUUCUUUAUUUAUAAAAUAUAAUCACACUCAUUUAUUAUUUAACAUUUAUCAAUGUCUUCUUUCUUUUUUUUCUUACUCAAUUCCUUUUCUUGUCAAUUCGCAUUUGUUUCAUUCGUAGUUAAUUUUUCAUUAAUUUUAAUUCGAUUAUUAUUAUUACGAGUGUACAAGUACAAAUCUGUACACGUUUAUGCGUUUAAUUACACUUCCAUUGUAUUUGUCUUCUUUUUAUUUUCAAUUAUAACAUAGAAAUAAAUUUGAUUGACCGAUAGGAAAGAAGAUCGAAAAGAAGAAUAAAUUUAGUUGGGAAGGUUGCAUUUGAUAUUCUCGAGGACGCAUCCUUGGAUUGGUUUGAUUUCCAAGCUCGAUUUUCACCUACUUCAAACGGCGGGCCUAAAAGGAUUUGGUAGGCGAAUCACGUGCUACUCACCGGUAUUACGAUGAUUACGAGGCAUCAAUGUUCCCGUUUAAUCCUUAUUGGGUUACACUUUUUUCUCAAUAUACCGGACAUCUGUCAAGUUGUUGGGCAUGGUCGACUUAUGGAUCCACCAUCGCGUAAUAGCAUGUGGCGAUUUGGAUUUCCAAAUCCAGUGAAUUACAACGACAACGAAUUAUUCUGUGGCGGUUAUGCAGUUCAGUGGGUUCAAAAUAAAGGUCAAUGUGGUGUAUGUGGUGAUGCUUAUCAUUUGAGCGAACCAAGACCACACGAAGCAGGUGGUGAAUAUGCGAAAGGAACUAUAGUUAGACAUUACACGGUUGGCCAGGAAAUCGAUAUAGAAAUAGAAUUAACGGCCAAUCACAUGGGAGGAUUUGAAUUGUAUCUUUGUCCAAAUAAUAAUCCAAGAAGAGAAGCAACUCAGGAAUGUUUCGACAGAUUUCCACUUUACUUGUCAGGUACACGUGACGUUCGUUAUGAAAUUCCAUUGGAUUCAGAAAAGAAAGGCAUUUUUCGUUACAAUGUUGUAUUACCACCUUACGUCACUUGCAGCCAAUGUGUAAUUCAAUGGAGUUAUUAUACAGGUAACAUGUGGGGUACCUGUGACAAUGGUACAGAAGGGGUAGGAUGUGGUAGACCGGAAACAUUUAGAAAUUGCGCAGACGUUAGCAUAGUGACGAGUACAGCAGGGGUACCACCAUCCUUCGUGCAAAAUGAUAAUCCUUUCUUAUUGUAUUACAGAGAUAUUACAUCUCCAAAUAAUAUAUUCCCAUUGAUAGUAAGAUCACAAGUUUGCUUGCCGACGUAUCUUUAUCGGCGUAUUCCUGGAAUGAAUGAUUGGUGUCAAGUAAAUUGUCUUCGUUAUCCACCAAAUUGUCCUAAUUCGGUUUGCCAUUGUCCGGAAGUUUGCGAUGCUGUUGGUGAACUCGAAGGUAAAGAAGGUGCCAGUGUUUAUUGUAUGGACAAAUGUUUAGUGUAUCCAAUUGAUUGUCCAAGCCAUCGUUGUCGUUGUUAUUAAUGAGAACAAAACAAGAAA